AUGGCCGCUCCGCCGCGCCGCGGGGCCGCCGCUCCACCCCCGGUGCUGCCGGUGCUGCUGAUGCUGCUGCUGAUGCUGCCGCCGCCGGCGGUGCCUCUCGGCGGCGGGCCCGGCGCGGCGGCGUCGCGGGAGCCCCCCGGCCCCUGCCGCGUGAAGACGGUGACGGUGUCCACGCUGCCGGUGCUCCGGGAGAACGACAUCAGCUGGAGCGGAGCCCCGCCGCCCGCCGCCGCCGCCGAGUCCCGCCUGCUGCUCUUCGUCCGCAGCGAGCUGCCCGGCCGCGUCGCCGUGCAGGACGAUCUGGACAACACCGAGCUGCCCUUCUUCACCCUCGAGAUGUCGGGGACCGUGGCUGACAUCUCGCUGGUGCACUGGAAGCAGCAGUGGCUGGAGAACGGCACCCUGUACUUCCACGUGUCCAUGAGCAGCGCCGAGCAGCUGUCCCGGGCCACCCCCCCCAGCCUGCAGGAGCCCUCGGAGAUAGUGGAGGAGCAGAUGCACAUUCUUCAUAUCUCAGUCAUGGGCGGGCUGAUCGCGCUGCUCCUGCUCCUCCUGGUGUUCAUGGUGGCCCUGUACGCCCAGCGGCGCUGGCACAAGCGCCGCCGCAUCCCGCAGAAGAGCGCCAGCACCGAGGCCACCCACGAGAUCCACUACAUCCCCUCGGUGCUGCUGGGCCCCCAGGCCCGCGAGAGCUUCCGCAACUCGCGCCUCCAGGCCCACAACUCCGUCAUCGGGGUGCCCAUCCGAGAGACCCCCAUCCUGGACGACUACGAGGACGAGGAGGAGGAGGAGACCCCGCGGCGGGCAGAGCCCAGCACCAGGGAGGAUGAGUUUGGCAGCCAAGUGACACGGACCCUGGAGAGCCUGGGCCGGGGCGGGGAGGAGAAACCCGACUACGAAAAGAAAGCUCCUGAGGUGACGCAGGAGACGGUGGAAUCCCUGAUGCAGAAGUUCAAGGAGAGCUUCCGCACCAACACGCCCAUCGAGAUCGGGCAGCUCCAGCCCGCGCUGCGCAGCACAUCCGUGGGGAGACGGAAACGCCGGAGCCGGCCCCGAGGUGGAAUCGGGUUUGGACGUGCCAAAGGAAACUCUGGCUCAGAGGCAGAUGAUGAAACCCAGCUCACCUUCUACACGGAGCAGUAUCGGAGCCGGAGACGGAGCAAAGGUUCCAUGAAGAGCCCCGUCAACAAGACGGCGCUGACGCUGAUCGCAGUCAGCUCCUGCGUGCUGGCCGUGGUCUGUGGCUCGCAGCUCUCCUGCCCGCUGACCGUCAAGGUGACGCUGCACGUCCCCGAGCACUUCAUUGCCGACGGCAGCAGCUUUGUUGUGAGCGAGGGGAGCUACUUGGACAUCUCCGACUGGCUUAAUCCAGCCAAGCUGUCCCUGUACUAUCAGAUCAAUGCCACGUCCCCCUGGGUGAGAGACCUCUGUGGACAAAGGACCACUGAUGCCUGUGAGCAGCUCUGUGACCAAGACACAGGAGAGUGCAGCUGCCAUGAAGGGUACGCCCCAGACCCCGUCCACCGGCACUUGUGUGUGCGCAGUGACUGGGGACACAGCGAGGGGCCGUGGCCCUACACGACGCUGGAGCGGGGAUAUGACUUGGUCACAGGAGAGCAGGCACCAGAGAAAAUACUCAGGUCUACCUACAGUUUGGGUCAAGGGCUGUGGCUUCCAGUCAGUAAGAGCUUCGUGGUGCCCCCUGUGGAGCUUUCCAUCAAUCCUCUUGCCAGCUGCAAGACAGAUGUUCUGGUGACGGAAGAUCCAGCAGAUGUCAGGAGCGUGCUGCAUUCCUCCAGACCUUUCAUUAGUCUGACACCUUUGGCUCCGGGGUCGCUUGUCUUGAAGAGUUUAAUGGAAGGAAAUUGCAGAAAGCCUGGCUCGGAGAAAACAAGUGAUGAAGUCUUUACAACUCAGAGGGUUAAAGGUUCAAACGUGGCCCUGUGUUUUUAUGAAGAUGCUGGAGACUGCGGAGGGACAG